AUGCCAUCCACAGAAGCCGUCAUUCCCAAGCCGGUGACACAGCUCCUUGCUCGGCUCUCCGAGAACACAACCAGAUACCUCGAAUACUUCUCUGAGAGGUCUUUGCCAGAACCAUCAUUCGAAGAUGGAGAUGGUCUCUCUCCCGACCAAGAGCUCCCAGGAGCUAUCCAAGCUGCCAGGAACGUUGCUCUUGAGGCCACCGGUGAACUACAUCGACUGCUGCUUGGGCCGAUAGGCCUGGUAAUGAGCUGCCCCGGAGAUCACUAUCUCAUGCUUGGUAUCCAGUAUGCGUACAGAUACAACCUUGCGCAACAUGUGCCACUCGAAGGGACGGCGACAUUCGACGAGCUUGCAGCAGCAACAGGGGCAAACGUCAAGGACGUGACGCGGUUCACUCGCCUACUCACCGGUUGGCACGUCUUUCAUGAGAUGCCCAUCGGAUGCAUCGCCCACACGGCCGCUUCGAAACAACUCCUUAGUAACCCAAAGCUGCAAUCAUGGAUCACCAGCAUCGCCCAGGAGUUCUGGCCUUCCCUGGCACGAACCGUAGAUGCGACCCAGCAGUGGCCAGACAGCGAGGAGCCAAAUGAAAGCGGUUACUCUCUGGGCCAUCAUACGGAUGACAACCCAUUCGACGUUAUCAAGCGUGACCCAGCGAGGCAUCAGAGAUAUAUGGACGUGCAAACUUUCUCACACCAGCAUUCCAGCUUUAGCGUCAAUCACCUCCUGGACGGCUACGACUUCAGUAAUGUUCACACAUUAGUUGACGUGGGCGGUGGACAGGGAGAGGUGUCCCUGUGCCUAGCAAAAGAGUACCCGAACAUGGAGAUAAUCGUCCAAGAUCAGCCAGAAGUUAUUGAAGGCCUAGAGAACCGUAUUCCAGCCGAGCUCAAGCAUCGCAUCCGUGGCAUGAAGCACAAUUUCUUCCACCCACAACUCGUCAAACACGCUGACAUAUACCUUUUGCGCUGGAUCUUUCACUGCUGGAGCGAUCUGUACUGUGUCAAGAUUCUGCAGUCACUGGUCCCAGGUUUGAAGAACGGUGCCAAAGUGGUUGCCAAUGACAUCUGCAUCCCGCAACCGGGAAGCUUGGGGAUUGCGGCCGAUCGAGAACUGAGGCAACUCGACAUUUCAUUGAAAGCAUUCAACAAUGCCAGGGAGCGCGAUGCCAAUGCGUGGGAAAUGCUGUUUUCUGCAGCUGAUUCGAGGUUCAAAUUUCUGGGUAUCAAGCUCCCGCAAGGUGCGAGUAUGGCAAUCAUCCAGGCGGAAUGGACAGGUGAAGACCAGCAACAGCAAUGCAAAGGAAAUCUCGGUGACGAGGGUCUAUAA